AUGUGGGUUGUUCCAUGGUUCUUUUUGAACAAAUACAUCUUUUGUUGUUCUUUUCUAUUUUCAUCACCAUCUUUGCAGUCGUCGGAGAAAGGUUGCCAGACUUGCCUAGGGGAAAAGGUUGCCAGACUCCGCACACGUUGCGAGGAGAUUGCGACCAAGUUUGUGUCGGUCUGCUUGAACCUCUCAUCAUUGUCAGGAGAUGUUCCAAAUGAAGAUCUUGAGGAGACAGAGAAAACCUUGCCAAAGAAGCAAGGAAAGCGAAAGAAGAAGCAAUUGGCCAGGCUUCAGGCCAACGAGGCCGCCAGCGACGAAGAUGAUGAUGCCUUGCUGACGAUGCUGGAAACGGAAGCUGCUACCGGCGAGGUGCUCUUCCAUGAUGAUUUUGCAUCGCAGCUGCAAGCAGAGGGAGAUCUGCUGAAUGCCGAUGCCGAAGUCAAAGCACCCAAGAAGGCCGAGGGGAAAGCUCCUCCAGCAGUGCCCGAGGCAGCCCCGGAGGUGGAGGCAGCGCCGGACGCGGCGCCAGAGGCGGCGGAGGCAGCGCCGGAGGCAGUGCCAGAGGCAGUGCCAGAGGCAGCAGCACCUCCGGAGGUCGCGCCGGAGGCUCCACCAGACGUCGCUGUGGAGACCGCACCCGAGGCGGGGCACGACGAGUGGUAG